AUUUACCAAACUUUUGAAAGGGGCGGGAGGGGGCCUGCGUGGGGUGGAGAUUCCUGGUGGCUGGAGCGGGGCACCGUCCCUCCCGCCGCAGCGCACAGCACCCCGUGACCCUAGGCUGCGAUCUCCAGGAAGAAAUGACAGAGCCGGCGGAGCCCGCGGAGCGCCGAGGAGGCUGCAGCGAGCGGCCGGCCUGAAAUGCGCCUCUGGCCGAUGCGGCGAGGCGGACCUGACGGCAUCGAGCGCAUCUACUAUCGCAAGAGCGGCAUUUGAGAAAUGGGCCAGACGUACCUCUCCACUUUAUCCCGCGGCGCCAGCGUCGAUGGGCUGGAGAAACCUUCCCUGGCCAACUCGGACGUGGUGGUCGGGGGCACGGGGGCACAGACCCCACCGCUGAAGCAGAAGGGCAAACUCUCAUCGCUCGGCAAGAUCUUCAAGCCGUGGAAAUGGCGCAAGAAGAAGACCAGCGAGAAGUUUCAGGACCUCUCCAAAGUGCUGGAGAGGAAGAUCUCCAUGCGUCAGAGCCGCGAGGAGCUGAUCCGCAGGGGCGUGCUGAUUCCGGACCAAGAUGAGCAGGUGAACUGUGAAACGUCCAAUGGGCACAUGGCCCCUGUCACUGUGGAGACGGCCCCCCCAGAGGAGGCAGCCCCAGACUCCGCGGCAGAGAAGGCAGGGUCACCUGCACCCUGUGAGGAGGACGACAGAACGGAGAGGAAACAGGGCAAGCCCGACCCAAAGGUGGCCCAGUGCCGGUCCCGGGAUGGGCUUGCUAAAAAGGGCCAGGCAGCCCCCCCGAAAGCGCCCAGCGGGGCAGCAGGCGGGGUGGCGAGGAAGGACGCGGCCUGUGGAGAUAAAAAGGGGGGCAAGAGUGGGGGCAAACAGACCCCGACUCCUAAGGGCAACCCGCGGAACAGUAACCGCGGCAACGCCAAACCCACCCAAGCAAAGAAAUCAGCAGGGGCGUCAAAGGGCCCCCCCCAGUCAGGACCGGUAUCUGGCCCCUCUGGGGGGGCACACCGGCAGCCAAAAGACACUGACGGCACAGGUCUUAGGAAGAAGGGCGGCAGGAGGGCAGAGGACCCCUCAGGUACCACAAAGACCCCCGCCAGAGCCAAGGCCGUUCCCGGGGACGAUGGAGCAGCCAAUCAAAAGCCACGUCCGGCUGCGGGGGAGGAGCCAGCCAAAGAGGGGCAAUCAGCGCAAGCGGGCAGCAAGGUGAACCAGGACGUGGAGGAUGCAGCAUCUGUCACGGACUCCCAGAAUGAGAAGUUCUACAACUGCCUAGAGGAGCAACCAGGCCCAGAUGAAGAUGGGGGCGUGGCCAGCGAGUCCAGCAAGACGCACCCAGUCCCAGAGGGGGCCCAUCCGCCAGCAGGGGGCGACGUGAAGCUCCAGGCCCGUAUCACGGACGCCCCACCAGAGACCAUCCCCAGCGACAGCAGGGAGAGCCAGAUCAGCGACUCGGAUUCGGACAGGUCCACACUGUACCGCAGUGAGGAGGACGAGGAGGAAGAGGAUGACGAGGAUGAGCACAGCUCAAGCUCCCUGGCCAGUAAGAUCCGCCGCCGGGACACGCUGGCCAUCAAGCUGGGAAACCGGCCCAGCAAGCGGGAGCUGGAAGAGAAGAACAUCCUCCCUCGCACGUCGAUGAGCGAGCGGCAGGAGCUGAGGCAGCAGAUCGGCUGCAAGUUGGUCAGGCGCCUGAGUCAGAGGCCGACGACGGAGGAGCUGGAGCAGAGAAACAUCCUGAAACAGAAAAAUGAAGAAGAAGAGCAAGAGGCAAAACAAGAAAUAAAAAGACGACUUUCUCGAAAGCUGAGCGUGAGACCCACAGUGGCUGAACUGGUAGCUCGGAGAAUCCUGCGCUUCAAUGAAUACGUGGAAGUCACAGACGCCAAGGACUACGACCGCCGAGCGGACAAACCGUGGACUAGGCUGACUCCGGCUGACAAAGCUGCUAUCCGCAAAGAGCUGAACGAGUUCAAAAGCAAAGAGAUGGAGGUACACGAGGACAGCAAGCAUUUCACAAGGUUUCACCGGCCCUGACAUUUGCGCUGCCCUGGGUGGCUGGGAAUCCCUCUGCAUGUCCCCUUUAUACAGUGUUUCUACCCCUGCCACCUGGUGGCUGGGAGGGGCCCUGCACCCCAGGGACCUCCUUACAGAUGGACUGACCACACUCCGCUGUGGACUCUGCUUUCAGUUCACCUGGUUAGAGGGUACCACUCCGACUCCAAUGGCCGGAACUGGAGCCUUAAGUAUGGGAUGGACAGGAUCGUAUUCGGUGUUCAGUGUUCAGUGAAGGCAGGCAGACAGACAGACAAACGCCUGCAGGCUGAACACACUGGCGCUGCCAGCGCUGGACUGGAAUGCUGCUCGCUUCAGAACACACUCGUGCUGCCGGUCCUUUCACGUUCUGCACUGCGAUGACGUCCAGCGUAACACUAGACACCGAUGACUAUCAGACCUUGUUCACAAACAAACGGCCACAAAUGGAUUUCAGCGCUGCUGCUUUGGAUGGCAUUCAGGUUUAGAUAUUGAGGGUUCUAAGAGGGGGGGGUGCCCUGUUGAGAAAAAUAUACCAUGGCAGCCCACUUAUAAACACUUAGAUUGACACAGAUCCCAGGACACACCCAUGGUUUGGGGAGAUAGAUUCUCUACCUUCCCUUUGGCUUAUUGUGGUGGUACAGUCACAUGACCGGAAUGUAUCUUAAAUUGAGAUUGAAACUGGAUUUGCUCAGUGCCUCAGAAAAUGAGUAUUUAUUUAGUACGAUAUCUGUAGGAUUUUAUAAGGUCACAGUACAGCACCUGUGAUGUCUAGCUUGCAAGUACUGAAUACCAGUUCCACUUCAUCUAUUUACAGAAACCAUUUGAGAUCUCGGAGUUCCUAUGCAGAGUCUGUGUUGUGAUUUGUUUUCGAUGGGGGGUUGGGGGGUGCAGUGCACAGUCUAGUCUUAAGGAGUAACGUGAACGAGGGCUAUCAGACUCUCGAGAUCAAUGCGCUCCUCCGACCAGCAGAGGGAAACGUCACGUGCUUUAAGGUGCCUUGACUGGGCAAUGUGGGGUUCUGCUGUCUUAAUGGUUACCCAUAGAGGCCAUAAAAGUGUUUUUACAUAUUUUGGCCACAAGAGAGCCUCUGUAUUCCUGUCAAUCAAACUUCUGCAUUCGAAUGUGCUAUUUUUAAUCCUGCUAUAAAUUGUAUAAGUUAUUCUUAUCAGAUAUAGAACUUCCUGUACAGUAUGUAUAUAAACGACACGUUUUUUUUUUAAUAUAUAUAUACGUUGAUUGUUUUACAUGAUGUCCUUUGUUUUAAGAUCGUUUAUCGUUUUUAAAGCCCCCCCCCCCCCAUAAGUGUGUCCUCUGCUACACGCUGUGCACCGCUCAGGAGCGCCUCCUAUCUUCGCCCGCAGCCCGGUUCAGAUUCUGGAAAUUCAGGCACUGGUUGAACAGGCAUUUCUUGACAGCCAUUUCCUCCACUACAACUGAACUUUUUACCCAUAAAUCCCACUGAGUCAGAAGUGACUAUCAGACUAUUGGGGCUUAAAGUGCACAACUGAACUGCAAAGUGCAGUGUGUCCACCACUGUGGAGCGGAAAUGUGAUUUCGAGGCGGUGAAUUGCCGUGACUCCUGUUAUCAGGGUGACCGGAAGGUGGUGCUGGAUCUUCCCAACAUCAUUGCCUGUGUUUGUGAGAUUUACUUGCAGUUUAAGGAAGGUGAAAUGAGCACUUGGAGGACAACUCUGCUUAAAUAGAGGUUCCUGCUGUUUAGGAUUUGGUGUAUUAUGGGGGAUUUUCACCAUCGCACCCUCGCAGUGAACUCGCAGGUGUGGGUCUGAUCUUUGACGCUUAUGUUCCGCUGUCACCAUGGCGACUGUGAAGCGUGUUUACCGCCAGCCAUCCUGCCGUGGCGGAGCUUUCUGUCACCAAGCUGGGCCCCGCCGGAGCGAACCUGGGGAACAGCCCUGCCAGUUGCGUCCGGGUUCUGCUUCCUGGAUUUUGGCGGAUGGGAAACCUAACGACAAGGUGCUUUUGUGGGCAGGGUGGGGCAGUUCUUUGGAAAUCAGUAUGAAUUGCACGACUAUAGAUAAUUAAAGCUUCCUAAUCGUGUUUUAAAUGA